GCCACCGCGCUCCGCCCUUCCGCCGGGACAUGGCGCAGGAGCUGCGGGACAUGGACGGCGACUUGGAGGACGGCGAGCUGUCCGGCUCCGACUCGGACAUGCCCGGCGCCGGCUCCCCCGGACAGGUGUGGAAGCCGCACACUGGCAGUGAUUCAUGCAGACCUUUCCAGAGCAGCAUCUCAUCCUGUGCUCCCAGCGUUCCCUACAGGACCACCAAGAGCGUGGAUUCCAGCGAGGAGAGCGGCUCCGACUCUGACGAUGACUGCCUGUGGAAGCGAAAGAGGCAGAAGUGCUUCAACUCCUUCCCUGCCAAACCUGAGCCUUUCCAGUUCAGCCAGAGCCACCAAAAACAGACUGACCUGCGUGGCAAGAAGGUCAACAACAUCUGGGGUGCGGUGCUCCAGGAGCAGAACCAGGACGCGGUGGCCACUGAGCUUGGGAUUCUGGGCAUGGAAGGUUCUAUUGACAGGAGCAGGCAGUCUGAGACUUACAACUACCUGCUGGCUAAAAGGCUGAUGAAGGAAGCCCAGCAGAAGGAGGCAGAGACUUUAGACAAAGAGCUCGAUGAGUACAUGCACGAUGACAAGAAGGCUUUGCCGGCAGAGGAGGGAAACGGGCACAGCUUCCUCAAACGGAAGCGGCCGGUGAGAGACAGACUGGGAGAAAGGCAAGAGAUGAAAUACAAGGGGCGGUAUGAGAUAACAGACGAAGACUCAGAGGAAAAAGUGGCAGAUGAAAUUGCRUAUCGACUUUGUGAGCCAAAGAAAGACUUAAUUGCUCGAGUAGUGAAAAUAAUUGGGAAGAGAAAAGCCAUCGAGCUGCUCAUGGAAACAGCUGAAGUAGAACAGAAUGGUGGACUGUUCAUCGUGAAUGGCACCAGGAGAAGAACACCUGGGGGCGUUUAUUUAAACUUGCUGAAGAAUACACCGAGCAUCAAAGAAGAGCAAAUCAAGGAAAUAUUCUAUCUGGAAAAUCAAAAGGAGUAUGAAAACAAAAAAGCUGCCAAGAAGAGGAGGAUACAAGUUCUGGGGAAGAAGAUGAAAAAGGCCAUCAAGGGGCUUAACCUGCAGGAAUACGAUGAUGCAUCUCGAGAGACUUUUGCCAGUGAUACAAAUGAGGCUCUGGCGUCCCUGGAUGACCUACAGGAGGGGCACCACGAGGCAAAGAUGGAACCUGAAGAUACCAUUGAAAUCGAUAAUGCCCAUGAUUUGGAGAUAUUUUAGUCACUAAUGUUCUUGAUAACAGGGUCUCUUGAAAACAUGUUAAGUGAGCCUUUCUUGUAAUCCCGUGGCUUCUUGUUUUCAAAAUAYGGGAAAUACUUGAUGCUGAAGAACAGGGUGUAAUUCUUAGCUAAAUUUAACAGCAUGAAAGAACUUCUAAUUGUCCUGUUACUUGUUUGCUGAGUCCUGAGAAACUGUUAAGAUUUUUCUAGAUAACAGCCCUGCCUCACUAUGUYCCUUAGGAAGUGUUUCUAGUCACAUGUUAGGUUUAGGAGUUAAGGCUAUGUUUUAAUCAAAUACUUCUUAUUUAAUUUGCUGAAGCUCACAAAGCCAUCAAAUGAGCAAUGCUCUUUACUACAGAUGAACAGAAAAAACAGUAUAAAUUCAGUCUUGAUGUAAAGAUCAUGUAUUAUCAAUGUGGCAGUGUAUUGACAAAACCAGCAGUAUUUAUAGGAUAAAGACCUGUAAAAGCAUAUUGGCUCGCAAAAUAAACUUAAUUUUAGUGGUCAGCGACCUUUGAAUAACAACCUUGUAAAUAAGCAGUAUUGAGCAAUGCAUAUUUUAGAUUUCUGCAGCAGUUUUAUCCUUUGUAUUUUAGUGGUGACUUGAGCUUCCUACCUGAUUUGUCUAGACAUUUUCCAUGAUAAGACACAGACCCCAGUUCCAUGGAUCUUUUUGUUUGAAGACAAACAUAAAAAGCUUUGAGAGUAGUGAGAUUGUAAUGAGCUGUGUUCCCUUCAAGGGUCUGUAGACUACAGGUUUAUCCCUGUAGACAUGCAGGUAUAAACCCUUUACCUUAAAGUUCUUAUUUCUGUCCUCCUCAUGUGUGCAGUGAGAUAAUGUGCAGCUUGCAGAAAAUCUUGCAGAAGGAGUUAUUCUGUGCUGACUCCUCCAGGGGAUUUUUUUUUUUACUUGAUGCAGAAGAUUGUUGUCUAGUUUGUUAGUUCAGAUGAAAACUAGUUUUAUGUUGAAUGUUGUUUUUGAUAUAGAUGAACAUGUGCAACACUGAUACGUAUGAUGUCUAAAAUACUUUGUAAGUUGUGGCUUUUUUUUGUGUUUGGACUGACCAUUUAACACAACUUUUGCACACAAAUUUUGUUCACCUUUAAGUCCUUGAGUUUCAGAAGUAAAGUGUAUCACUAAAGCACACAAUCAGUUUAUAACAUUGAGCAAUUCAUGACUGUCAAGAGGUGGCAUUUAAAGGAUUGCAGUUUUUGAAGAAACACUUCUUACUCAUGCAGCACAUUCCAUUACCUGCCUUACUAAAUAUGAAUUUUGACUUUACCACUUAUAUUCUGUUCAUGUCAGAGSUCCUAAUUGUUAAAAAGUUACUCAUCAGAUGUGCAGCAUGCCUCUGCUGGUCGUAGUUACAGUUGCUCUUGCAGAAAUAAGGAAAUUUGUCAUUUUUUCAUUAAUUUUCCUAACCAUUGGUGGUCAGARUAUACUGGUAACUCCUGUAAGUGAAACAGAGUUUUGUGCUGUUUAACUGCUUUGGGACUGUACCAUUUGAUCCUGGUUUUGGGAUCUGCUUGGGGAUAUGUCUAAACCAUUUUCUGGAUAGAAUCAGCAAAUUGUAAUGUUGGUUUAAAUAAUUUUUUAUCGUUAUGUAAUUUGCACUGUGUAUUUUUCUAAUGUUAAUAUUUUUAACGUUGAUUUCCCAGGCAAGGGGUACUGACAUG